CACAGGAAGUCGCCGUCUGCCCUCCUCGGAACUGUUCGGCCAUGUUCGGUUCCGCUCGGCUUAUUUUCAUCUCCGCCUCCAGAUGAGUGGAGCGAGAAGAAGUUCGGAGCCCGCGGAGCUCAGAGCUGCUGCGGAGCCGAACCGAAACCGGAUCUGGACCUGAGCGGGACCGGAAGAUGGAGCGGGACCGGGACCACGGCGGAGCCGGGACACAGAGAGCGGGACCGAGGCUGUGAGUGGACCAGGACCGCAGCGGGACCGGGACGGUGACAGAACCCAGAGCAGCAGUGAGAGGUUCGGCCGGUGGGACAGCAGCGGUUCCGGGCAGCAGAACCUCUUCAAAGUGGACUUCUGUCGGCCGCAGACAGGAACAUGUACCAGGUCCAGCUGGUGGGCGAGCAGCAGGAGAGCCGGCCUCUGCUGAGUCCCUCCAUCGAUGACUUCCUCUCAGAGAGCCGACCCCCGACCUCCAGCCGACCCCCGACCUCCAACACAGCAGUUCUGUCCACGGCUCUGGACCUGGUGGACCUCAGCGACCCGGCUGAGACCGGGGAGCGCAGGGCGAGGAAGAGUCCACUGAGGAGGAGGCCCGGCUCCAGGAGUCCAAGGCACAGAACCAGAACCGAGGAGACAGAACUGGUCCAGGUUCAGGUGGAGCACCAGCCCGCCAGCCCCAGAACCCCCGAACGGAUCUCCCUGGACUCAGUCAGCCUGUCGUCUCCUCUGGACAACCUGGACCUGGAGGACGGAGGAGGUCUGAGGAGGCGCUGCGAGGACAGAUGCACCUCCCACCACUCGUCCAGUGAACUGCUGUGGUCUGCAGAGUUUAGAACGGAUCCUCUGAUGAAGAACAGCUUCAACGUCCACAGCUUCGAUGACCUGGACUUCUCGUCUGCGGCGCAGGACGGCGGCGUGUCCAGACUCCGGCGUCGGACUCGCUCCCUGCUGGUCAGGAACGAGUCCCUGGAGGACGAGUUUGUCCGAGCCAAGGCUGCAGUGGAGUCGGACACGGAGUUCUGGGACAAGAUGCAGGCGGAGUGGGAAGAACUGGCCCGGAGGAACUGGCUGGAGGAGUCAGAGGACCCGCCGGCGCCGCCCUCCGCCUCACCUGUGGAACAGGGCUACGUGUUCAGCACCAACAACCCGUACAGAGACCAGCCCAACGCCUUCGCCACGGGGCUGGAGAAGGCUCGGGAGGGAGACCUGAAUGCCGCCGUGCUGCUGCUGGAGGCGGCCAUCUUCCAGGACCCCGGCGACGCUGAGGCGUGGCAGAUGCUGGGGACGACGCAGGCGGAGAACGAGAACGAACAGGCCGCCAUCGCGUGUCUGCAGAGGUGUCUGGAGCUCCGCCCCAACAACCUGCAGGCCCUCAUGGCGCUCGCCGUCAGCUUCACCAACAGCAGCCUGCUGCCGGAGGCCUGCGGCGCGCUUCGCCGCUGGAUCGGCCACAACCAUCGAUACCGGCACCUGGUGCAGGACGGCCGCACCCCGCUACGGGGUUCCCCAGCCACGCCGCGCAGGGGCCCCGGCUGCUCCACACCUGCAAGUUCGGACCUGCAGGAAGUGCUGCAGAUCUUCCAGGAAGCGGCGCUGCUGAACGUGGACAGCGUGGAUCCGGACCUGCAGACCGGGCUGGGCGUCCUGUACAACCUGAGCUCAGAGUUCGACAAGGCAGUGGAGGCGUUCAGCGCGGCGCUGUCCGCCAGGCCGCAGGACUACCUGCUGUGGAACCGGCUGGGAGCGACGCUGGCUAACGGGAACCGCAGCGAGGAGGCGGUGGAGGCGUACGGCCGGGCGCUGGAGCUGCAGCCCGGCUUCAUCCGCUCCAGGUACAACCUGGGAAUCAGCUGCAUCAACCUGGGAGCGCACAGGGAGGCCGUCAGUAACUUCCUCACAGCCCUGAACCAGCAGAGGCGGAGCCAGCGCUGCAGCCAGCAGCAGAUGUCGGCCAACAUCUGGGCCGCCCUGCGCAUCGCCGUCUCCAUGAUGGACCGGCCCGAGCUGGUCCGGGCCGCCGCCGUGGGCGACCUGGACCAGCUGAUGAGGGCCCUGGAGGUGGGCGACCCGGACCAGCUCAGACCGUAAAGCAGAACCCUUUAACCCGGCGCUGCUCCUGCUGCUCCGCUGAAGAACGUCACCUGACGCUGGACGUCUGUAGCUCCGCCCCUGAAUCCCAGCAGGAAGCUUGAUGCAGAACCCGACCUUGAGUCCUGCUGCUGGAGCCAAAUAUGAGGACAACACCAGAACCACUCAGACACAUUUCUGUUCUCCUGCAUGCGACCCAGACGUUCUGGAGGUCCGGGCCUCGUGUAGAAAGCUUCGCUUCGCACAAAAACCUGCAGCGCUACGAUUCAACUUAGCAUGAAUAGAAAUGGAGGUUGCAUGAAAACGAGCCGACAAUAAAAACCCAUAAAGUUCUAAACUGACCCAAAUCCGUUCAGUUUAACUGAGGAACGUCCCCGCUGAGCUUUAUCCAGGACUUUGAGCUUUUCUGGGUAGAACCCGUCCAACCAGAACCACACGGAUCCUCAGCACGAUGGAAACCAGCUGGAUCAGAUGGAAAUCUUCUUUUCUGUCACAUCUGGAUGGAAACGAGCCUCAGGCUGGGAGCUGAGGAGCAUUAAUGCCUGUAGAUCACCUGAGGGACAGAAACCGGGUCGGAUCAGAACCCAGAACCAGGCAGGUGUGAUGGUUCCUGAGGGGGGGGAACCAUCUAGCUGUGGAUGGAUGGCAGCGUUGGUGCUGGAGGGAGCGGGUUCUGAGAGGUUCUGCUGGUUCCUGAUGAUGAGGAGCUGGUCAGCUGGUUCUGAUCACCCUGAUGGCUCCAGGUGAGCCCUGGUGAUGGGGCGGGGCCAGGGCCACAGGUGAGCCCUGGUGAUGGGGCGGGGCCAGGGCCACAGGUGAGCGGCUGCCAGCAGGUGAGGAUGUCCGUCUCCUGCAUGAGGCCCGGACCUUCAUCAGCAGUUCUCCACACGUUCUGCAGGUUCUCUUCUCUGUUCUCUAAAUAUAUCUGCAUGUCAUCUGCAAAGCCUGUGAGGCGCUGUAGAGCGCAGCGGUACCAGAACCACACCUGGUCCGUUUACCUGAUACCUGCAUGUGGAACAUACGUAAUCUGGAAGAAGCUGAUCUGAAAGGAACCAACAAAGAACUGCAGCCGGGUCCAAACGUGUCCAGCAGCACCGACAUGGUUCUCCAUGGAGCGCCCGGACUGGAGAACUCUGCAGAGCAUCAGAGGUUCCUCAGCAGACAUGAACUUCCACCCACAGAGAGCUGCUGGUUCCGGACACAGUCCACCAGAACACGGCCAGAACCUGCAGCAUCUGGUGGUGUCGGCAGGUGGCUUUGGUCACAUGACAGGAAGAGGCGGAGCUUCCUGUGAGACCGACAAACCUUCAGUCUGAACGUUCUGCUGAGGUUCUGCUGAGGUUCUGCUGAGGUUCUACAACUCAGCAUGUUUAGGUUUGAAGUGAAUUAACGAUAUUUACCUGAUAUCUAUGCUACGUACAUCUAUACCUGUUCAUGAAGAUAGAGCCGGGUCACAUAGACUCAGAACUUCCUGACAUCAGCCGCUGGGUCCAACUGGGCCGGUUCUGUUAGUUCUCCUGGGAACGCAGAUGUUCUGGUUGCUGCAGGUCCAGUGAGGCUUCUGUCAUCAGUUACUGGAGAGACACCCGGAUGGUUCUCCAGAACCAGAACCGGCCCAGUUGUGCCAGAAAUAAGGUCUGGUUCUGGAGGGAGAAAGUCUGGGUUUUUUGACCAGGCGGUUCUGAUGAUUGUUCCACACGCUGCAGCCUCUGGAAGAACCGGGUCUGAUGUUUCUAGACCCGGUAGAACCGCAAUGUUUCCUGUUUUCAGAUGAGCUCCAUGUCCGUUAGAACCGGACCCUGAGCCCACUGCAGCGUCUGCUCGGCUGCCUACAGAACCAGGACCAGAACCAGAGUGACAGUUUGGGUCUGGUUCUGUGUUCUGCUUUCUGCUUGUGAUUCAGAGAUCCAGCUGACCCUCCAAUCAGAACCAAUCCAUAAGUCAAACAUUUGGAACAUAAAAUGUUCUGAAGAACCCACUCAGCUUUGGACCCGCACAGAAGAACCUGGACAUGAAGAACCAGGGAUCCAGCGGGUCCAGAUGUCCCUGGUCACUGGUUUAGCACCCAGACCCAACACAGGACCUGCUGGUUCUGCUCCUAAUUCAUCUGCAUCGGUACCGGACGCGGUCCAAAUCCGGCCUCCAGAAGAGCAGAACCGGGAUGAAGGAGAACCUCGCCUAACUCCGCCUCUGAUUGGUGGAUCGGUGGUCCGGCCCACAGAGCCAGGACAAUCCAUCUGGUACUCUGGUCGGGACGAAGAGAACCCAGCCUGACCCGGUACGUCCCCCUGAGACCGGACCGGACCUGGACAGCAGCCAAUCGGAUCAGAACACCCUAAACCCAAUAAGGAACAUGGAGACUUCUCAGGCAGAAGCAUCACAUUCCUCCUUGUCUCCGUCCCUCAGAACCUUAGAACCCAUGUCAUUACAGGCUCGGUACCGGCCCGGAUCAGCUGGUCCCCUUCAACUGAACUUUAAUGACGUGCUUACAGAACCGUCUGGGUGCAGAACCGGGUUUAUUUCUCACCUUCAAACCUUUUAUUUCACGUUUGGUUCUGUUUCAUUUUAUCUGGUUAUUUGUUUAUUAAUAUCUGUUUAGCAGAAAGUUCUGGUUUCAGACUGGACCUGCUGACCCUCCUAAUAAAGGAAACAGGUGGGGGAGGGGCCUGUCUCCUUGUGGUUCCACUUGAUCGGCCUCGGAUCCAACUGGUUCUGCAGGAACCCGACUGAAACGGCCUGACCCGCAGGUUUGUUCUGAAGCAAGUUCUGCCGGUUCUGGCCGGGUCCCUCUGUGUCCGGCGUGUUUAGAAGACAUGGAGUAUUAUACUGUGAAAGGUUCUGGUUCUGUUGCUGCAUGCAGAACCUUUCCUGGUUUAAUUGUGACCCACUACAAGCAUUAACAGAACCGAAAGCUGGGCCGGGCUGGAUGUUCUGGUGAGGCCCGUUUGCCAGGUUAAAGGAACCGUGUCGGAACCGUUUCAUUAAUUUCUGUAUGUUCUGACCUUAAAUGCUUUCAUCCACUGUUAGAACCAUAAUUACCAGAAAUAAAGGUUUAAACCUC